AUGAAACAAAUCAAAGAUAUGAAUGAAGUUAUUGAAGAUAAUAAACAAAGUGUUAGUACAGGCAAUAACAAACUACCACAAACAAGUAAUGAAGAAAAUGACAACUUACCUUUAUCAAGUAACUGGUUGGCCAGAAAGAUCAAAUGCACAAGUGAAAUAUCUAAUGAUGAGAUCAUUAAAAGGUUAUCUAAUAGAUCUAACAAUGCUAAUACAAAGGAUCAAUGUAAUUACAGAUGGUAUUAUUAA